CACCCACACACCCACCGGCUAGCUGGUUCACAGUCGAAUGUGAUUACUACAUGAACACUCGUUCGAUACACUCUGAAUAAUUUUGUUUUGUGAAAACAUUGUGUAAUUAGUGGGUUAACAAUUGUGUUGUGUUUACAGUCUAAGACAUUAUCUUCAGUUGAAAUAAUUACCUAAAGAUGAGGAGACAACCUCUCAGCUUACGAUCAAGAUUGAGAGAGGAACUCUAUACAUAUUGCGCCUUCUGGAUUGCCGUGUCUGCACUGCCUGCACUCGCUCUAUCGUAUGUUGUUGUUAGAAUAAGCAAGCAUUUAUGGCUAAAGUUGCUUGCUAGCAAAUAUCCAAGCUUGGAGUUUAUACGAACAGAUACAGUCCGAUCCUUGUUGGAUACUCACAGGAAUCAGGGUAUCAUUAACGUUCUGCUAUGCGUCAAAGGUACUCCAAAUAUAGAGGACAUUAAACGCCAAUUACAUCAACACGUUAUUGAUAGACGAAAUCAAAAUGGUGAUCUCAUGUUCCCGCGAUUGCGGCAACUCUUAGUAUCUUGUUGGGGCAACUAUGCCUGGGACAAGCACGUGCCCUUUAGACCAGAAAAUCAUGUUCUUGUAGCUAAUUCUAUAUACAGAGGAAGACCUGUUACAGACACUAACAUACAGGAUUAUAUUAGCGAUAUAAUAUCAAAGUAUUUUCCGAGCGAUCAUCCCCCGUGGCAGUAUAUAAUAAUUCCCUGUGUUUCCACAGAACCAAAGUAUUACAUACUAAUAAGAGCUCAUCAUUUACUGCUCACGGGGAAAAAUUCUCUUAACAUUGGAGAUUUUCUCCUAGUGGAACAACUGCCAAAUAGAUCUCUAGACCAGGAUGUCAGACAAUUGAGUCCGCUUUCGAAGCUAUUUCCAACGCCAUCCGCCAUUCCAGAAUUAUGGUCAAAGCUGAAUGAGAGUCUGUCAAAUGUAUGGAACGAAUUUAUAUGUGAAUACGAUCCGGUAGAAAGUCCUCGAGCCCUGAAAUCGCUACCUGGAGCGUUCCAUGUCGCUGGAUUGGUGUCUAUAUCAGUAGCCAGUGCUUUAAGAGAAAUUUCUAAGAAGAGGUCUCAAGAACGAAACGCCCCAACCGCGUUCUCAGCGGCUAAAUUCGUGCUUUCCGUACAAAAAGAAUGCAAACGAAGAAAUUUAACGUUACCAAAGAUAAUAAUUUCACCUCUUGUAACAGUGGACCCUCGGAAAUGGCCAAGACGAACGUUAGAUGCAGCUUUGACAACAACGAAAACUUUUUUAACACUACCAUUUAGAAUGAGAGAUGAAAUCCUGGCUCUCUAUGAGCUGAAGAAUACAGGACAAGUUCGUCAAACACACACGUUGACUUGGAAGUAUGGAGAUUUAGUUCAACUGUUUAUCAGAGCUGUGGGUGAAACGGUAAGAGGAACGGUGGAAGCAUACCGGGCACCUCGAAAGUUAUGGACAGAUACUAUUGGGGCUGAUGAUGGGAAGCGGCAUUUGUUGCAAACUAUAUCGUUGUGUGGAAGAAAGGUCACGUCAUGGUCCAGACCAGUGCCUCGAGGUAACAUAGACAGAGCGGCUCGCGCUCUGGGGGUAUCGUCUACUGACAUAGCACUAUUCGCAGCUACUGAGGCUCUCAGGGCAUUUUUUGAACAGUCCCAAUGUGGUACACCUGAUUCAGUUCUAGUCACAGCGAGAGCGGCUUCAGAAGACUUCCUCUUUACUUUUGCUGAAGGCAAUGGGAAGAACUAUAAAAAAUCUAAAACUGGAGGUAUGGUCUGUCUAUCUCUACCGGUGGGUGCCACUCCACGUCGCAUAGCCUCAGUAGUAGAGGAAGCAUGUAACAGACAAGUAGCGCUAGCCGGCGCGUGGGCCGCCCAAGCCCGCUGCGGAGCCCUAACACGCUCCGUGCCUUCGCCCUUCGCAAGGUUGACGCUAAAUGCGCUAUCAAGAAGAUAUGCUGUAUCGUACGCCGAAAUAGAUGCUCCAUUGGACUCGAGGCAAAGGAAAACGUUAUGGGGACAAGAAAUAGAUGCUGUUAUGUAUUGGAGACCUCCUCAAGCUAAUAUAAGUAUGUCACUAACAGUAAUUCAGUACGCGGACACUGUUCGUUUAACUGUAAUGGCCGACGCUCGUCUAACGCCGUCACACACAAUACCGACAUCAAGAUGGCCGACAGCAAUCGAGCAAUUGGUCAACAAAAUCGAUCAACAGAUCGCCCGUAUUGCCGCGCAAGCUCAAGUAACGAUCCCACAGACUAUACAACAGAUAGAACCGAGCACUAGUCAAGAAAGUCCAGAGACAAACGAAUUCAAUGCGGAGUCUGUACAAAACGUACCAGAGAUAAUAGAACCUGAACCACAGAGCACUGAAAGCGGCAUAGAUGAAUCACAGGAUAGUGAAGUUGAAGCUAGUCAAGGAACUUUAAUGCCGCCUACAACUAUAGCAGAUAGUCCACCACCAGUUAGAAGGCAUAGCUUUACGAAUGAAUAAGCAGUGUUUAUAGUCAUUAAUUAGGACCAUUGUGACUAUGGAAAUUUGAAGUGUAGACUGUUAUUUAAGUUUGUAUCACCUAAAUGUUGUUGUAUAUUGUAUUUUCAAUGAAAAAUAAAGAAUUGUUUU